UAUUUGCAUUUUUUAUAUUAUUGCAUUUGGCCCGCGACCCUGAGAUUAAUUUUAAUUUUGGCCCUCUCAGGGAAAUUGUUUGGGUACCCCUGCUUUAAGCGGACGUGUGCACACACUGACAUAAAGUUCUUAAAAGAGGAUUUCUGCAUGAAUGAGAGUGAACACACGACUCUCAUCAGGGGAAACGUUUUAUAGAUAACAGGGCGGUGCCUCAGCCCUCGCACCAACUGCAGCUGGGCACGUCCACACAUGGCAGGCGAAUGCGUCACCCACAGGUGUGGUUGGCUGCUGUCUGAGGCACGCCAUGCUCAGCAAGACAAGGUUCAUUUGACAGUUGAACGAGCACUGAGAUGAAAAAAACAAGGUGUGUUGGCAAGACAAACAGCUACAUUGUGAACAUGUUAAAACUAGAUUUUCCUCUUGAACUAAACAUAUGAGCACUAGUGAUAUUUUCCCUUUGUCAGUCACUGAGUUAAAGUUAUAAUAAAGGGCACAUUUACACUUUGCUGUAUUACAGGUAAUUUUUAGAACAUCGCUUUAAAAAUGAUCAUUAGUUUAGCUGAAAGCAGCCAUAAGGCUGUGCAACCCCAGGCUGGCCCUGUUAAUUCAAUAAUAACAACAGCAAAACUAGUAAUAAAUGACAAUAAAGGUUUAUGUUAUCUUAAAAAAAGACAAGACAAACUAUACCAACAAAACAUCAUAUUUCUUCAAAGAAAAACAGUUGUGUGUUUGCUUCGUCUUAUUUUAAAAAAGCCAUACUUUUCUUGAGUUUCCUGGCGUCUUGUGAUCCGACAGCCACGCCUGGAAUGAAUCAACAGUCCAGUCACUUCCUGGUAAUUUGAGUUUAGAGGAAGGGCUUAACUUUUCUGUUAGUUUCAUUUACUCUGAACUUACGAUGGUGAGUAGCAGCUUUGUUUUUUCCUUUGUUGUUGCCCUAUUUGUUAUGAUAUUUUUUGAGGGUUUAUCUGUGAAAUAAGUGAUUUUAAAGUAAUAAUGAUUUUAAUUCAAAUUGCAGGCUUCUGAACAGAAUGGGUAAGUCAGCUCAGUCACAGGAGCCUGAGAUGGAUCAUAAUCUGUUUAUUCUCUGAAAGAUGUUUUUUCUUUAUUUCAGAGAGGAUUUGAGGAUUGAAGCAACGCAUUUUCUAGAAAAUGCGUUUCUGCUCAUUGUGAAAAUGUUAGAAAUGGAAGUUGAGAUUGAAGAAGACACUUCAGAAUUAGUGGACGAGCUCCUUCAUUCCAUCUUCUUUUUGGGACGUCUCACUUACCAAUUCUUUUUGCCAGAAAGAAUUUUUGAAGGCAGUGACCUUUUAGAUGACUUGAUGAGCAACUACCCCAAUGCUUUUGAGCUCUACAUGUCUCAUGUACCUCGACGGAGCCCAUUCUCAUGUGUGCUGGACAUGAUUGUGCACCUGAUUGGACAAGAAAACGUAGAGCUGAUAAAAGAGGAGCUGGGGCAGCUCAGCAGCACAUUAGUACAGAAUGAUAAUUCAAAGAUCCUGAAUUCCACCAUGGUCUGUAUUUCUUGGGCUGAGUCAGUGAGGUACUACGGGGUCUCGAUGUCCACACAUCAUAAGCCCGGUAGACAAAUCGUCAUCGCUGCAUCCUGUCUGAACUUCUGGGAUGAUUGUGUAGCUGAUGCAGUAAUGACCUACUGUCCUCAGAAAAAGAAAAAGAAGUACUUUGACGGGACCAUCCGGCUCCCAGCAGAAGUCAGGUGUGAAGCUUUUAACAUCAGAGAGAGGAGAAGCAUGCCUCCUUGUGUUUCAUGCAGUGACCUGUUUGGUUUACAGACAACUGAAACAGAAAAUAAGUCGCCUUACGGCAACUGUGCCGAAGCUGAGAGUCUGAGCAAGUUGUUCAAAAAUGAAAAUGUGAAAGAGCGAGUACAGCGGUCUGAUAACUGGAACAAACAAGACAGGACAAGAGCUGAACAGGACGUUUUACGUCAUCUUAAACAAGUACUGAAAAAUAACCAACACUUUGAAUGGAAUAAUAAAGAGAUUAAUUUCUAUAUCCCACAUGCAAGACUUGACAGUGAAGAAGAUGAGGAUUUCAACAUGUGAAGAAGGUUUUACAUGAAUAAAUGUUAAAGGGAUCCCUGAUUAGUUGUAACAUUAGACUUUAUUUUAUAAACAUAUAUUUUAACUGUAAAA